AUGUCCUUUGUUGCACAGCGUAUCUGGGCUUGGUGGACACGGAAGUCGGCUUGGGAUACCCUUCUCGAAACCAUAGCCGAUGCUCGCAUUUUCGAAGAAUGGGAAGCUGCUGCAUUCCAACUGGACGAAGAAAAAGGCUAUGAUCUUUGGCGUCAGAAUCCAACGAGCAAGUUCUACGAUUAUCGCUUGAUAUACGAACGACUCCAAGCUAUAAUCGAAUCAAGAGAAGAUGAAGACAUCCUUGGCCUCGUAAAUCUACUUCGUUCUGGGCUUGUCCGCAAUCUCGGGAACAUCACCACACCACGACUUUUCAAUCGUGCUUAUGCUGGGACAAAGCUGUUGAUCGAAGACUACAUAACACAAGUUGCUCUUGCGGUGGAAUAUGUCACAGCGUAUCCAACCUCUAUGAGCAAUGACACGGGCUUGACAAAUCAAGCGAAACUUGAUGUACUACACGACACAAGGCAAGCUUUUGGUCGGUCAUGUCUUGUCUUGCAAGGCGGCGCUAUUUUUGGUCUGUGCCAUUUAGGGGUUGUUAAGGCGUUGCAUUUACGUGGUCUCCUGCCUAGGAUCAUUGCUGGAACUGCUACAGGCGCUUUGAUAGCUGCGCUUGUUGGAGUACAUACAGAGGAUGAACUACUUGGAUUUCUUUCUGAAGAUGGGAUAGACCUCACCGCUUUUACAAGCCGGUUUGAGAAGGAGUGCGAUGAUAGCAGUGUUGGACUGUUACAAACAUUGACGAGGAGACUAAAAAGAUUCCUCAGGGAAGGCUACCUCCUUGAUGUUGGCGUACUGGAGCAAUGUGUUCGAGACAACGUCGGAGACCUCACGUUUGAGGAGGCGUACGCAAAGACGAAGAAGGUGCUCAACAUUACCGUCUCGACUACUGAGGGCGGCGUUCCGAAUCUGCUGAACUAUCUCACUGCGCCUAAUGUGCUCAUCUGGUCCGCUGCGCUCGCAUCAAACGCGUCCGCCUCGGCGCUCUUCUCUCCGGUCACUCUCAUGUGCAAAGACGAAAGUGGGUCUAUAGUCCCCUGGGUGUCCGCACAAGAAGCGACUUUCCGUCCAUGGACGCAUGCAAGCUACUCAGAGAAGGAGUCUCCAUUGGGACGUAUUGCUGAGCUGUUCAACGUGAACCAUUUCAUUGUCUCGCAAGCCCGGCCGUACCUUGCGCCGUUCUUACGAUCCGAGCUCCAUCAUCCAAACCCUCGCAUCGAUGGACGCUGGCGACUCACUAUGCCAAUACUUAGACUCGUGGUAAUGGAAGUACAGCACCGCUUACACCAGCUCGAUUCGCUCGGCUGGUUGCCGCUUGGAAUAAGGCGUUUCCUGUUGGACGAGAGCGUUCCUGGUCAAAGCCUGACACUCGUCCCGGAUUUGACAACGGGCGAUUUCUUCCGGCUAUUGGAGAAUCCCAGUCGUGAAAGUAUCGAAUACUGGAUUCUUAGAGGGGAAAGAAGUGUGUGGCCUGCUGUUGGCGCUUUGAAGGUCCGAUGUGCGGUAGAAGUCGAGCUGGAUAGAGGCUAUCAAUUGGUGAGGCGAAGAAAGCCAUUCGAUCCAGAUAACGAGAAAGUGAAACGAAAGAAGGCGAAUGGGACAAGGAAACGGGCACGCGCUUCAAGUGUUGGGAACAAUGGAUAG